AAUUGCAACACCUAACAUUGUUUUGGCAUUAAAGUUUUUUUUUUUUUUUUUUUUUUUCAUUCAUUUUUUCCCUUAAGUUGUAUGUGCAUUAGGGUGACACAAAAUUAAAAAAAAAAAAAAAAAAAAAAAGCAGUACAUUUUCCUGUUCUACCAAACUUUGGAAAUCUACAAAAAAAAAUUUUAGAUCCCUAUGUGAUCAGGAAGAGCUACAUGUAAAUUUAAAAAUUUUACGUUCCAAGCCUUUUUUUUUUCUUCACAUUAUUUUAUUAUUUUCACAUCAUUCAGCAAGUUUUCAAAACAUGUGUCAAAAACUCAAGAUGUUUUUAAAACAUUUGUGGUCAUUCACAACUAUUUUUUAAAAACUUUAAUUGCACCAUAAACUUAGUGGAUUGCGUUUAAUCACUUGGCAACUUUUGAUUUAUUAAUUAUCUUACUUUAAACUUUGAUUUUUUUUUACUGUUUACAUAUCCGUACAAAAUGUUGAAAAUCAAAGAGAGGAAAACAAAAGAAAUUAGCUAUAACGCUCGGAGGUCUGUUUACCUGCUUAACUCGCCUUUAAGCUAUCUACCUACAAACCAACUUCCAUCAAAUCGAAGUGUUCUUGGAUAUUACUUGUUCCUAACUUCAGCUAGAGAUAAGCGAUUCAAACCUAUUAAAAUAAACUUUUCAUGUUCUCGAGCACAAGAGGAUGUUAUAUGUAAAGGGAAAGACGAAAAAUACUGUUUACUCCGAAAAAUACUGUUUACUCCGACAAAUUGUAAAUAUUUGGAAGUCUGCUGGUUUCAGUAAUUACUUAAUUUCUGAGAGAAGUAUAGUGGAAAAGUUUAAAUCUCUAUACAGCAAAUACAAAACUUUGUGCAACAGUAAAACCUUUCAAAUCAAAAAGCAAAUUUCCGAACGCCACAAAAAUGACUUUUACAAUAUGGUAGAGCAAUUGUUUGACAUCAGUGCAAAGGACUUUGAGAUGAAGUUGAGACGCGAUGAAUCAAUGCCUCGUGAUACUUCUGCUUUACAAGAGGAUUUGGCCUUCUUAGAUGAUCAAAGAACUAACAGAAAUAUGAUCAUAUCUUCUUAAAUUGACACAGAGCUUGAAGCAAGGUUUCAGAGAAGAUUGAUAGAUGUAAGAGGAAAGAAGAAUAUAAAGAUCGAGUACAGAAGAGCAACGAUUCGAUAAUUCGUGACAACAAAGAAAAAAUUGGGGUAAAAAGGCAAUGGAAUCACAACUUUUUUCCUAACAAUGAUAUAAAUUUCAAUUUCGCAAGUGAGGAACCUACAGAACCUAAAAACCUACAGAACCUAAAAACCUACAGAACCUAAAAACCUACAGAACCUAAAAAAACAAGAGCUGAAUCACAAUUAGAUGCUGGAAGUGUAAUUGCUAAAGUCGGAAGAUUUUGUUCCAAAUAAAAAUGUUAAUUUUCACGAAGCAAGCUCAAAAAGUAGGCAUCAGUUUAGACCAUCAUAUUUCAGAGUAGAAAAGGAGAUAACCAGUGAAGGUCUCAUUGCAGCAACAACUUCCACCAGUAUAAGGGCUGGUCUCAGCAUUCAAGAUCAAACCCUUCUUAUUGCAAGCGUAGUAAACUAUUUAGGAGGAAAAGUUAAACAGCUAAAGUUAAGCAGAGAAUCUGUCAGAAGGCGAAGUUACAGAUUUUUAGAAGAGGAAGGAGGCCAGAUACGUAAUGAAUAUAUUAAUUUAAUGGCUAACAAGAUGUUAGUUUUACAUUUUGAUGGUAAAAAUUUAAAGCAUAUUGAGGAGGACACUAGACAGGCAACUACUGCAGAUAGACUAUCAGUAUCUGUUACUAGCCCAGAGUUUGAAACCAAAGAUGAUCUUUUACUCGGUGUUGUGCCAACUGAUAGUGGUAAGGGAAUCGAUAUGGCUAUAAGUAUUAUGAAUCUCCUAGAAUAUUUUGAAAUUUGUGACUAUAUUGUAGGAUUCUGUUCUGACACCACAGUAAGUAACACUGGAUGGAAAUCUGGUGCAAUAACUAUUAUGGCAAGAUUUCUUGGUAAACCAUUUCUUUGGUUAUUGUGUAGACACCAUAUUGCCGAAAUAAAUAUUACUUGGGCUUUAAAGGCAAUUUCAAUGGAAAUGUCUAAAGCCCCUGCGAAUAAGUUACUAAAAGAUUUUCAGCAGAAAUGGAUAACAGAAUUUUUUCCUAAAGUUUUAGCUAGUGGUGCUGUAGAAAAGUUCAAACGAUUUCCUGAGCAAGACCUUAUUGUCGACAGUGAUCUCUGCAAACUCUAUUUGAAGUCUAAAAAGUUUGUUACUAAAGCACUAGAACAUGAAAUCUUCCCCAGGUAUGUAAAAAUAAUAUAAAAUGAAUUAGUUUUUUCAUAAAUAUACUUUUUUUUUUAAAGUUAUUAAAUAAAAUUAGGAGUAUUUUUAUGAAUAUUAAGUCUGAGAAAUUAAAUAAUUUUCACAUCUAUCAGCCUGACGCCUGUCACAAUGCAAGGUUUAUGGCCUAUGCAAUAUAUUUUCUAAUGCUCGAUAUGACAUCCACAGUCGUUGAAUAUCUGACUCCUGAAAAAAAAUAUAUGGUCUCAAGGGUAGCAUUUAUUGUUGCUAUUUAUUAUGGACCUGCCUUUCUUAACUCAGGCAAAGCAGAGCAUGCUGUUCUGAAUGAUUUUAAUGCAUUCAAAAUUGCUGAAACAAUUAAAACAGAAUGGGAUUAUGAAGUUGGAAACUCGCUUCAAAAAAGCAUGAGUAACCACACAUGGUAUUUGUCUCCUAAAGUUGUCGUACUAUCGUUAGGUGAUCCUUAUAUGAAAGCAGAUGCUAAGCGUUUAAUCAUUCAGAAACUUUUAAAUUUUCCAAUUCCUGAGUUAUCAGAGAUUUCUGUUACAGCUCCUUCUGCUGUUAACGUUACCAGUGAUAGUCGAUUAGAGGAUUUAAUUACGAAGGAGAGUUGGAUAUUUUUUAUACUUACAGGUCACACCGAAUCUGUUCGAGAGUGGCAUACUUCAAGUGAUUUCUUAGCGCUAGAUUCAUACAAAAAUUUUGCUCAGUUAGUUUGCAAUCUUAGUGUGACCAACGAUUGCGCAGAAAGAAAUAUUAGUUUAAUUGAAAACUUUGUUCACAGUUCCCACAAUGAGGAUCAGAGACAGAACAUUCUUUUGGUAGUCAGAGAGCACAGAAAGCUUAUAACAAAAGAUAUGUCGCUUAAGGAACUGGUAAAGCUAAAACCUAGAGUUGAAAAAUUAUUGUAAAAUAAUAGGUAACUGUAUGAAACUAUAAACAGUAUUUUUUUUCUUGUAAGAUCAAACAAAAGUUUAUAUAUAAACAUAUUUUAACCCGUAAAAAAUGACAUAAAGUUCAGCCAAUCCGCAAUAUUUAAAAAAUUACAUGUAGCACUUCCAACGAAUAAAAAUAAGUGAUAUUUUGUUUUUAGACUAACUGAAUGUUGUAGAACAGGAUAAGCAACUGCGGUUAUUGAUUUUUGAAAAAUUUUAUUUUUCGACCCUACUUUGUGUCACCCUAAUGUGCAUCUUUUAAAUGCAUUGUAAUUAGUUUUAAAAUCUUUAAAAAUAUAAUAAUUUGCUUAUUCUGACUUUUUUUACAUCGGUAUCUUUGUUUUCAAUUUUCAAUUAUAAAAUAAUUUUUUAAAUAUAAAAGUAUUAUUGAUUUUUUCAAUUUCAUAAAAUUAUAUUGUAACAAAUAAUUAUAUAAUAUGUAACAAAAAAGUUCUACGAGUACAGUUUAAAUAACUGGUUUAAUUUUUUUAAAAUUAUAAAAAUAUCUAGAAAAAUUUAAAUACUGGUUAUUAAUAUUGUAUUAGACUGGUUAAUGUUUUGUUGUUAUUUUAUUGUGUGGCAUCUUGUUGUAAUGGUAGAACACUUGAUUUUUAAACGCGACUUUCAUAGUACUAUGCUCUACCUUUUUUGUUAAGGUUUCUGUUUUGGGAACAGGGUUGUUACGACAUAAUGUCUGGCAGAUCUGUCAACAUCAUUUCAGGCAUAUUUUCUGCUGACAUAAAAUCUGUCUGACAUAUUUUUUAUUAACAUAUUUCGACAUAACUUUAUAUCUGAAUUGUUUUCUGAUGACAUAAAAUGUAUCCAAUAUGUUUUCUGAAACCAUAUUCUGACAUAAUUUUAUGCCUGAACUUUUGAAUGUCAAUAGAAAAUAUGUUGGACAUACUUUUUUGUUGGAAGAAAAUGUCUCAAACAUAUUUGACAGGUAACAACCCUGUUUUUAGGACUUAGUUUUGCCUUAAAAAAGGAAAUGAAAUUGCGCUAGUAUUGCUAUUGUACUGUUGCACUGGUAUUGCAUAUUGUAUUGUACUUUUGUACAAGUAUUGCAUAUUGUAUUGUACUGUUGCAGAAGUGUUUCAUAUUGUAUUGUACUGUUGCACAGUACAACACAAUAUGCAACUCUUCUGUAAACACUUCUGAAACUCUUCUGUAAACAUUUCUGAAACUCUUCUGUAAACACUUCUGAAACUCUUCUGUAAACACUUCUGUUAAGUAUUGCUAUUGCAUUGUACUGAUGAUUUAUUUAUAAACAUUUGUUUACUCUAAUUUUGUUUCUGUAACUCUGUAUAUUAACAAAAAAUUGUUUAUAUACAGAAUAUGAUAACAAUUGUGUAGGUUAUUACUAUAGUUACUAUUUUAGGUUUUUCAAAGAUUUCAUAGUUUUUAUAGCAUGUUUUUUUAUUACUUCAUUGACUUGUCAUAUAAGUCAAAAGUUUGACUUAUAUGACAAAUUUAUUCACUGAAAUUGAAUAAAUUUGAUAUCUGAACUUAAUUCCUGAAUAGAUCAAAAUAAAAAAACAAUUUGUUCUGUAAAAUACUUAAUUAUUAUCAUUGUUACUGAAACAUUGAAUCAAAAACAUUUAAAUUUUAGUACAUUUAUAAGUUAUUUGCUAAAUGAAGUAAAUUUGUUCUGAUUUGCAAUCCACAAUGUGUGCAUUUUUUUAAAAUCAAUUAUAUGUUUAUAGUUGAUUUUAAAAUAAAUAAUUAAAUAAGAAGUUUAUUGUUUGAUGCUGGCGCUGGUCAGAUAAGAAACAUAAACAAGGAGGCUUAAACUUCCUGGUUAAAUUCUCUUCAACAGUGCACUGUAAUAAGACUGUUUUUUAAUGAUAGACUGCCUGCCCUAAUCAAACCCUCAGUCAAUGUAGCAGCACUCAUUUGCGAGUCAAGCUAUUUGUCAGUCAAUGUAGGAACAUCCCUGGUGAGUCAGGCUAUUUGCCAGUCAAUGUAGGAGCACUCCCGGGCGAGUCAGGCUAUUUGUCAGUCGAUGUAGCAGCAUUAUGUUGCAAGUCAGGCUAUAAAAUAGUUGAUGUAGUAACACUCCGUUGCAAGUCAGGCUAUAAGAUAGUUGAUGUAAGAACA